AUGAUUGAUGGAAUUUCUAUUUACUCUGGACGAGCAGUUCCAAAAGGAUCAGCCACUAUAAAAAUUACUAAUGAUGGAAAGCAACAGCUAACUGCUAAUAGAAAAGAAAGAUCUUUUAUGGAAAGAAAAAUAAAUCCUAAACUUAUAAAAUGGACUAUUCCAAGUAGAGUUGUUAGAAAGAAACAUGAACUAUUUACAUCCCUUCAGAAGAAUAUUCCUCGUCCUGCUAAAAUUGAAAGAGGAUUUAAAAAUAUUAGUGCUGAUAUGCUUAAAUAA